CAACAAAGCAAAGGGCCGGUAUUAUUUUCCGUCAUUCUCUUCUUCCUGUUUGGAUCCGAUUUUCCGGGAAAAUUUCCAAGAAUCCUCUCUGAUCAGCGAAAAGCGAUGAAGGGUUCGUUUCUAAUUUGCCUUUCGUUCAACUAUGUCCGUGGCGGAUAACUACAUAUUCAACAGUGUACCUGUGCAACCUAAUCUCGGCACGUAUGCAAAUUCAUCACGCUAUAACCUUCAACUUGGAGGAGGACUCGAACAACUCUCCUGUUUGCGCACAUGAUUUGAUGUUGAAAAGAAUUGCCAACCAAAAGUUUUAUGUCCUCUAUUUAUGUCUCCGAUGACAAGCUAAACGACUCGAUAUCAAGCUCCUGAAGAGUGCUCGAAAAAUGAAGUUGUUAGGAUGGAUUCACAACAAGUUUUGGCACGGUGGAGUCGAGUUGGUCAAGGAUUUCGCAAUUGCAAACCCGUGCAUGUGUUUGUCAGUACAAACAUCAGUUGAUGAUGAAGAUAUCUAUUCGAAGCCCGGUCUUGGUAGUAAAACCGUGCAGCUACAUAGUCACGAGUACGAACAAUCGUCUUUUGGUGUUGAAGUCAAUAAUGUAUUGGAAUGUGGGGACUUAUCUAACUCAUCUGAGUUCUUCCAUGGGUUCCUCACUAUUGGAACUCUUGGUUCUGAACCCGCAACACCAACGUUCUCCUUGGCUUUCGAAAACAUGAUCGAGUUGCCAGCUGAAGUGACAGAGGAUCACCUAAAACUGAUCAAUUACGAGUUAGAAAAGUUUCUUGAAGCUGAAACUAAGGAAGACUGUUGUGAUCAAUCACCUGGGAGGACGAGUCAUGCUAGUAUUAUCACGCUUGCUGGGAAGCAUACCGAAGUAACCGAAGAUGAAAAUGACGGGAAGACUCGAACGUGUCCACUUCAGGGAUAUCUAUUUGGAUCUACCAUUGAACUUCCAGACAAGAUGAUAGACAUGAGGAAGGAAAAACCUUCAUUUGUAGAGCUGUUCCAAGGGACUAUAGCAGCAAAUGAGAGCUCCAAAGUUAACAUUGAGCAAAAGGAGGUAUUAGUGAAGCAUUCAAAUAAAUCUGCACUAAGCUUUGUGAAGAAGAUCCUUAAGAAACUUUGUACCUCUUCACAUGAUUCUACCACAUAUGACUCAGGUGAUUCAUUUUCAACCAAGAAGAAACUCCAAAAGGUCUUACGUCGGUUCCAUAAAAAAAUACACCCCGAAAGCUCGGCUGCUACGGACGAAUGUCAAAACUCCCAAAAGUACAUGUUCGACAAUGCUUCUUUUGAUGAUAACUUUAAUAAUGGACGUGUGAUGAACGAUGCGGAGGAUCGAAUAACUUAUUGUCAGGAAUUCGUCUUGAAGGAUGAAAUCUAUUAUUGGAAGACCAACUUUGGUUUGCCCCUUUAUGGGGUUGAUACUAAUGUUUCAAGUGCAAACAGAGGCCACUGGAUUAAGACAGAUGAAGAGUACUUGGUGUUAGAGCUGUAGAGGAAGAAGAAGAAGACGAUGACUACGAAUCCAGAGUCCCUCUACUCUAGCACGAGAAUCACAACGGAGUCUUAUUAUAUAUAUAUAUAUCAUCUAGAAUAAUCUUUUUCGAGUUCUUGAGCGACGACGAAAUCAUUAAUGUACAUGUUGGUUUGUGUUUAAGUGUGAUAGUUGAACUCUAGUUUGGUUUGAUCUUUGUUGUAAGCUCUUUUAUAAAUGGUAUGGAUUGUCUGCUUGAGAAACCUUUGAAUUCUUGUCACAAUCCUUCUGCUCUGUCAAAGUGUUUUGUUUUUUAUUAAAC